AUGACUGAAGUCUUCAAGAACCUCAAGCGCAAGGUAGAGUCCGAUGAGGAUCGUGUCAACAAGCUCGUGAAACUGGCAAAACUGAAGCCUACGACCGCCAUCGUCGUCAAAUUCAAUGACAACACCAAAGACUCUCGAAUCGUGCACAGGCAGAUUGUCUGCAGUCACUCACCCUGUAUCAAGCGCCUAGUUCCUGCACGCAUCAGCUACGACGACUAUCAGAUCGUCGACUUGAGAUUCCACGAGAUCACUCCCACUCAGUUCGACGUCUAUGUCGAUUGGGUGUACGCUCAACAAACCGUUGCCCUGGACGGAGCUAUCGCCCUGCUCGCUGAUGAGCAAGCACCCAAGGACUGCAAGAUGGCCGAGCACAUCGACCACAGGACCAUGCACGUCCUCGCCGACCUCUGGAACGUCGGCGGUAAGCUACAAGACUCUGACUUCCAGCGCGAGAUCAUCAAAGCCAUCUGUCGAGUCCCAAUCGAGUCACGCGUCUCGGCGACGAAGUGCAAAGUUCUUCGCGGCGUGAUGCUGGGUGGCACAAGCGCUAAGUCAACUCUACGUCGAGUGUGCCUUGAUCUGAUGGAGCAUCGCAUUGCCAGCGUGGAAGACGCAGAGCUGAAAACAUGGACAAAGGACGUAGUGAUCGACCUCAUGAAGAGAUCGGCUGCGAGGGCUGAGGUUCCUGUCCCGGUCGCGGAGAUGUAUGUGGAGCCAGUCGCUGCUCCAGUUGCGGAGACCAGCUAA